AUGGGCUCCAACAAGCCGCGCGACCCGGUAGCCGGCCCCGACGCAGGCCCGGAACCUCCUUAUCCCGUACGAUUGUCAGGACCAGUGAUCAAGGGAUUUGGCCGCGGGAGUAAGGAUCUCGGAAUCCCCACCGCCAAUAUCCCCGCCGAUGACCUGUCCGAGAAGCACCCAGAGCUCACAAGCGGUGUCUACUACGGCGUUGUAGCGCUCGACCCUAAAACAUACCAACAUGAAUCAUCCAAGGGCACAUCUACUGCGGUGGUUUUGCCUGCUGUGUUGAGUAUUGGCUAUAACCCUUUCUAUAAGAAUACUGUGCGAUCUGUGGAAAUCCAUAUCAUGCCCGCUCUCACGGAACCCUCGCCCACAGCUGCGGGGCAAGAAGGUCAGACCAAGUUCAAUCGUCUACCAGACUUCUAUAAAACGCGACUCAACCUGCUGAUUUUGGGUUAUAUCCGGCCUGAGUUUGAUUAUGUCUCGCUCGAGGCAUUGGUGGAGGAUAUUCGGGUGGAUUGUGAGGUUGCACGGGAGAGUCUGCUGCGCGAGGCUUACAGAUGCUAUCUUGUGGACAGCGAUAAAACAUCUGGGAAAGUCAGCGAGGAUCGUCGGUGGGCCAUAUAUCCCCCCAAAGUCCCAAUAUACGGCUCAUCCAAUCAAUUAGACCACAUUCAGACUAUGGUCAACAUAUUCCAACGCCUCACUCGACGCCGAGCACCAAGCUCCGGUAGUAAACCACAAGACCAAGGCGGAGAUACUACGGGCCCGAAUUCCACGGAAUCCCAUCCACACGGAUUACAUCGGGCAGUGAGCACGAGCUCCGGGAAACGCAGCUGGCGAUAUGAGGAGCCAACCCCCCGACAUCUCUUCCUAGUCUCCGACACUGCGGAGUUUGACACCCAUGUAGUCCACCGCUUCCAGGCCGAAGGAUUUGACGUGAUGUAUAUCCCAUUCCUCGGCACCGGGGAUGAAGAUAAGGACCGAAAAGCGCUGGAGAAUGCGGUGCACGAGCGAGAAGACGAACUCGAGAAUGGAGAGCGGUAUGCGAUCGUCGCAUACCAUCGGCCUGCCUACCUCCUCCUAGCAUCACACCACACAGUAUCCAGCAAUACAAACCCAUUCCCACACCUAUGUGCCUUUAUAGCCUACUAUCCUAUCCCCUCAUCCGACGAAUUCACCUACAGACAAAGAGAAGACUGCUCGCCACCAGGCUGCUCAGACACAGGUUCAAUCUUCGGCCCGGACUCCAAAUUAACUUAUCUCCCAAUCCAAGUCCAUGUCCCAGGACCACGAGUCCAGCCCUGCGCACUGUGGCCGUGGAUAAGUCUCAGUGCCUCAGAAGGCGAUGUCACCUACAAGAAAAAACACCGGUGCUACGUGUACGCAUACCCGGGGUCCAAAGCCGGGUUCGCAGAGCGGGAAGUUGCAGAGGAGAAAGAAGGAGAGGUGGAUGUGGACUUGAAUGCUGAUGAUGAGAUUGGCUCGCAACUGGCGUGGAGUCGGGUGAUGGCAUGUCUGCGCCGCUCGUUCAAUAUCGGGAGUCAUUGGCCUGUUGUUGAUAUCGAGACUAUAUGGGAAGAGUACUGGGAUAGUGUGGUUGGGGAGCUGGAGACACGGAAACGGAAUCGCAGUUGUGGUUCUGAGUCGACGGUUGGGAUGUUGACUGGUCAUGGCCAUUAUGGGGAGAUAGAGUGUCCUGCUGGUGCGGUUUUUGUGAAGUGUAUUCCUACUCAGGCUGGGGGCUCUGAUAUCUCAAGCUUGAAAGAUUUCUUUGCUCAUGUGUAUAUUCCUGCUGGACCAGUUGAUCAGCAUGUCCGUCUCUUGUCGCGCACUGUAGGUGCUGACCGCAUCGUGGAUGAGAUGUUGUUUUCAUGUCGGCAUACUGCUGAGAUUCCUUGGCUAUUACCUGGUGUUGAGCCGACGGGUCGAGAUAUUAAGGUCAUUGUCGUUGUGGUGGCAAGCUUCAGUGCUGGUCAGAUUACACGCCAGAGUCUUUACUGGGAUCAAGCCGGUGUGCUUGUGCAGGCUGGAUUGUUGGAUCCGGGACUUGUGCCGUCAUCGAAAGCUGUCGAAGACCAUUGA